AAUCUCUUUACAUGAUAUCCUGUUUUCUAAAGUAGAAUGUCAAGAACGAGAGAUAAAGGGAAGAUUAUGUGAUAGAAGAGUUGAGUAAAUUGCGAUACAUCCUCUUUUAUCUUCUCAUGUCACACUAGUUGAAAAUAACUGAAAUAACAUCAGUCAUCAGCUUCACUUGAACUCAUCCGGAGCCCAUUAUACAUGCAGACAUAAAGGGAUGAUGAUGAUGAUGUUACAGAUAAUUUUGCUCCUGACUGAAUCUGUUUUGGUCUCUUCAUAUGCAUUAAACUCCACAGUUCAGUGUGAAAGACCCGAUGAAAAGACGACACUUCAAGUGAGAGCUGGAGAAUCCUUAUAUCUGCCCUGUCCGAAUCUCCAGUGCUAUAAAGAGACUGAAAACAGCUCGUAUGUUUGGUUCAGAAACCUCAGCAGUACAAAGCAGGUGGAGCAGAUCGGGACGGAGGAGAGUGAGCGUGUCCAUUACCACCACUCUGUUUUAUACAUCCUCUGGUUAAACCUGAACGACACGGGACGAUACAUCACUCGCUGGUGGUAUGAAGAGGAUAAUUGUGAUGAAUUUGAAACUGACCUUGUGGUUCAUGAGGAGUUCAGCACGGAUCUCUUGUACCACACAAUGGCAGAAAAGAAGGUGUCAGGAAUCUACUGUCCCGUGUGUGAAGAUCAGCAGGGCUCCAUCACCUGGUAUAAGAAUUUCUCUCUUAUUCCAAACCAAGAGUCUGAUCCUUUACGUAUUCCUAACUCUUCAAAAGAAAGCGAGGGCAUUUACACUUGUGUUUGCACGUGGGAGCAUCACGGGAUAAAACACAACUCCUCCGGAUCUCGCAGACUGAUCAUCGAAGAACUGACCAUCAACAUUUCUCCAAAGAUUCAGCUGCCUGUUAAUAACUCCGUUGUGUUCGUUGAUGUGGGUUCAAAAGUGAUCCUUAAUUGCUCGGUCUACUUUGGACAGACUGUGUGUGAACGGUGCUCUAUUCGCUGGGAGAAGAAUGGGAUCAAGCUGCAUGGGGUGGAUGGAUAUAAGCAGAAAUACAGAAAGAUGGAUGGCACCAUUCAGUCACUUUUGAACAUCACUGAAGUUUCUGAGUCCGACCUCCGUUCCAAGUUUGCCUGCAAAGCAGAAGACUCUGUUGAAGUGAUUUUUGUGUCAGUCACUUUGAAAAGACGAGCGUCAGUGUUGUAUGUGAUUCUGGCAUGCAUUUGCACUUUUCUUGUUUUCCUGCUGGUCGCUGGAGUAUUGAAGUGGUUUGCAUUGGAUCUGGUGCUGUUCUUAAGGCAAAUUUUUGUCAAGCUCUACAGGAAAGAGGAUGGGAAACUGUAUGAUGCUUAUGUGAUUUACCAGAGAAACAACUUGGAUGAGGCGACAAGCAAAACUCUAAGUGACUUUGUCAAUGGAUCUCUGCUAACAGUGCUGGAAAGCUACUACGGCUUUAAACUUUUUAUUCACGGCAGAGAUGACCUGCCUGGGGAAGACUGCAUGAAUCUGAUUGAAACUGAGAUCCAGCUCAGCCGGAGACUCCUCAUCAUUUUAACACCAGAAGCAAGUACAGAUAAGAGCAGUGUUUCCCCUGAAGCGUAUGAUCUGCAGGUAGGGCUCCAUCAGGCUCUGGUCCAAGGAGAAACCGGCGUGAUACUCAUCCAGCUGGGAAAGAUGCAGGACUACACACAUCUGCCUCUCGGGCUGCAACAUCUGCUCUCUAAGAAUUCACCUUUACUGUGGAGAGACGGCGAGUCCUCACCCAACUCCAGGUUCUGGAAACGAGUGCGAUAUCAGAUGCCUGUUGUGUCGUCCUGUCAAAGGAGUUCAAAGAGUAGAUCGCUGAAGGCAUCGUUUCCGUGUCAGGGUUUUCUUGUUUGAUGCAAGAGAUGCAUCUCAGGUCCAGGGGCCGGAUUCAUGAGAAGAAGUUAAGAAAUUAACAUUUACAUUUGCAUUUAGUGAUUUAGCAGACGCUUUUAUCCAAAACGACUUACAAAUGAGGACAAUAGAAGCAAUCAAAAUCAACAAAAGAGCAAUGAUAUACAAGUGCUAUAACA